UGUGUGUGUGUGUGUGUGUGUGUGUGUGUGUGUGUGUGUGUAAGAUGAGCAUCUGGAAUCAUUUGCUGAAAGUUUCCCACAACGGUCACUUAACAGAGAGAGAGGGAUUUUGUUUUCUCACCGAGGCUGCUCCUGUUACAUUCUAAUAGCAAAGCUGACCCCAGAGCAGUUUCUAGAGAGUUCCGCCUCACUCCCCUCGGCUCUCUGUUUGUGAAGGGAAAGACUUUCGGGUUCUGACACCAAUGGCAUAGUAGAACUAGAGAAGAGCCGUAAAGUUUAUUUUGAUGCCACUGUCUUUGAUAGAGUGAUUGUUCUCAAGACUUUUGGUAAAGCUGAACGUGCACAAAUUUGUUUUUUUGUUUACAUCAUCAUCAUCAUCAUCAUCAUCAUCAUCAUAACUGUCAUCAAUGACCGCUACUUUGCCAUUUGGUUGAUAGAACACAAACUGGGCUGGCUCCAGCAGUGUAGAGCUCUCUCAAAGCAGCUGACUGUGCAAUACCGUUUCAUUUUUCAAUAAAUGCAGAGAUCCAAGUCAUAAAGGUUUUGUCCUAAAGCCAUCUACCCAAGUGGUAACUAAUGGACUAUGCUGCAUAGAUUUAGUCUCUAAACUGACACUAUAAACUCAUAACCCAUUGAAGUUCAAGGGACCGCAUGUUCUGUUUUUUCUUUCUGUUUUUUUAACAUGCAAAUGAUCAUGAAUUUGCCAUUUUAAGGUUUAGCAUUUUAAGGGUAGUCUGUGUAAUUGUUACCAAUUAUUUGUAAUUGUUGAAUCAUAUUUGUAAGGGCAAAACAUGAAUCAUCUUGUUUUAUGUAUUAAUAAGUACAUGUGUUUUUUUCAUGUUACAUGCUUGCCUGUUUAGUUUAGGUUGCACCAAAUAUAUUGUCGAGCAUACCAACAAACGUUUCCUUGAUAAGGAAUUUGGAUUUCACACUUGCGCGGGAUUUACCUAAAACCACCAUACUGUACCACACUUGUCAUUAUUGGGAAAAUCUAUGAUAAGAAAUCAGCAUCCAGCGUCUCAUGUAUUCACACAAGAUAUAACCACAGUCCUAGAUCACCUUCCUUUUUGUGUGCAGUCUGACUUGUUAGGAGAGCCACAAAGUGUAACAGCCUUACAAUACUGGAGCCAACAAUCGCACGUUUCCAACUGUUUUUCUUCCCCUCCUAUUCUGCAGGACGUCCCACCGUUUUGACUCUGAAUGGACUUCAGCAUGUCAGCACUGGUGCACACGGUCCUCCUUCAGAAAUCUCCUCUUGUGCUCUUAAUCUGUCUUGAUCCCUAUCUACCUCUAAUGUGUGAUCUGUGACAUCAUUCCACUGUUUCAUCUGAUCGCUGACUUUUUCUUUUUUUUUUUGUAUUGUUGCCUUAAUUCCUGCUAUUGAUACACGUGGCAAACAAAUUUGAUAUUAUUGGCUGAUGUGCUGGUGAUCCAACAUAGCAAAGGGUGUGGAUGGAUAAAGCGAGAAAGUACACCAAAAAAGUUGAUGUAAGCUACCUCAAUGCCUGUCUGAGUGAUUGGGAUUGACAUAUUUGUUCACAAAAUAAGACUUGAAAUAAUUUCGUCCUUAUAGUCGCAUGUAAAAUAUCUGCAGAUCUAGUUUAGUUACAUCUCACUUAUAAACUUAUUAGAAAUCACGCUGAUGUUCUACUUAUUUUUUUUAUAGAGAGACAGAGUUAUGUCGGAUGCACGUGCCUGGUAUGAUUACAUCACUAAUUAAACUUUGGGCUCGUUCACACGCAAAUGGGAAUUUGGGAUACGUCACGUCAACGUCUCGUUUCUAUUGGUUCGUUGCUACGUUGAUUGGUACGAGGAGCCGGCUGAUGACUAUUUAGAUAGAGAGAGAUGGAGGGUGAUCGAAACACACGGAGGAUGGACUUGGUCCGUAAUGCAAGCAUCUGUAGGCGUUUCAUCAAUGGCUCUUGCAGAUUGGGUCCAAGAUGUAGUUACCGACAUGAAUGGCCAGCUAUACCACAAAUAUGCAGGUACUUUCAGAAAGGUGGAUGCUGGUAUGGUGAACGCUGCAGGUAUCUCCAUGUCCUACCUGAAGUUGUAGCAACUGUUGCAGGUAGAAGAGGUUCAGUGCCUACGGUUUCCUCUAGUGUGGCUUACACUCCACCUGACAGAAGAGGGUCAGAGCCUGCUCUCCUGCAGGCGGACGUGCUGUCCAGGCCGGCGUACAACGGACCACAGUUAGUGGUUAAUAUCUCAAAUCCUCCGCACAACACUGGGCUCCUGGCAGCAGAUAUUGCUGAGGAACAAUCACAAGAUACCAACACUCCUCUCACUGCCUCUGGGGAAUCGGUCCAGAGUUCAGAAGCUGCUCAAGCAUGUGCACGUGAAGGAAGAAAUGAGCAGGAGACUUCCAAUGAGACAAUAGAGGACGGUGCAGCUGCUGCGGCCUUUAGUACCCGAGGGAAUAUGGAGGAAAUGGACGCCUUCCUCCGGAGUCAAAAUGUGACCUGUGGCAUCUGCAUGGACAAGGUGUAUGAAAAGACGGAUCCAAGAAACCAUGUUUUUGGAAUCUUGCCCAACUGCAGUCACUCCUUCUGUUUACAAUGCAUCAUGACCUGGAGGAAAACGAAAGACCUCGGGCCGGAUGUGGUAAAGAGCUGCCCACAGUGUCGAGUGAGAUCUGCCUUUUAUGUGCCAAACAAACACUGGGUUGAAGGACAAGCAAAGGAAAGCCUAAUUGCUGCCUUCAAAGAGAAAUUCAGUAAGAAAAGAUGCAAUUACUACACCCGCUACAGAUGCUGUCCCUUCAAGACGGAGUGCCUUUAUCGGCAUGACAAACAUGCUCCUCACGGGUCAUUUCCAUAUUACACAGAAGAUGAAGACUACGAUGGUGUAGAUUUAAUUAAUCUUUUCGUAGCCAUGACCGUUCUCAGGGACCACAACGCUGGUGGUGAUGAUGAUGAAGACGACGGCUUUCCUUUUUACCUAUCUGAAGAGUAUGGUUUCUGAGCCUUUUCAAUCUCUUCAGUGCCUGAAACCACUGAAUGGGGUCUUAGUUAUUCAAUUGCCCCCUGAAGAAUACAUGGCUGUGUUUUGACCCAUCUGUCAGUAUUGAAAUCUUCUCUUGAGAACUGAUCAAGAUUCAGGAUGACAACCCUGCCCCAUUGAGGGCCCUGUGUUAGUUUUUAAUUACAGUCGCACUGCAGCAGGUGAUUUUACUGACUAGCAGUAAGCACAACCAGAGAGGAACUAACUUGUGAAAUCACCUGCUACAGUUUGUUAGGUAAUGAGUAGGUGUACUCUUGGCUCUCUGUGGCACAUGGUUAUUUGCCCCUGUAAUAGAUGUGAGCGUCCCAGAUGUGAUGCGUCUAAUGAUAUUGUGGCCUGCUAGUUUGGAUUUAUUUAUGUCCUGUGGCCAUAGUGCUUCCAACAUGUUGCAAAUUGUUAAUUUUCCCAUGACCUCAAAUUAAUAGGAGUGCUCUAUUCUAACUUCUCUCCUAGCAAUUUGCACCAUUUUGAUAUUUUUAAAGUGUGGAUUGUAGUUUUAAUUGUCUAGAUAAAAAUAUAUGCUGUACCCCUUCUUGCUAAUGUCCCCUACUGAUAACUCGAGUCAUGUGACCCUUUUUUUUUUCCCCUUAGAUUUGGCAAGAAUAUGAAAUGUAAGUUUUUAUUUAUUUUUAAACAAGCU